UCAAUAAAAUAUAUAUUUUUUAAAAGUUUCCUUUUUUUUACUUUUAUUUUGAACUUCAUUGGCGGGCGUCACGUGACCUGAAACUUUGUCCCCUCGCAUCCCCGGUCUUUUUUUUUUUUCUUUAAUGACGUCACAGCCGAACUCCGCGGACUUUCGCCUUCGACGCGUCCGCGGUCCGACAGAAGUCGACGGAACUCUUCCUCCCGACAUGUUUGCGUCCAAGUCAGCCAGAAACCGGUCCAGGUUCGGGUCCGAGUCGGGUUCCGGUGUCGGGGAGCAGAUCUGCAUGGUGGACUGCGGCUGUACGCCGGUGUGCGGAUGCCGGCCGGACUGCGCGUGCACCGCGGAGCCCCCGGGAGGCCCGCGGGCCGCUGCUGAACAUCUGCCAGAGCUCCAGAAGAAUGUCCCUGACGGUACCAAACGCGGGUUCGACAACUUCGCCUACGAGUUCAGCAGCCAGAGUGAGCUCCGCGCUCCACCCAAAGCCGUCUCCACCGCCACAUUCAAACUCCUCGGACUCUCGUCUGCGCAGCAGGCCGUGGAAACGACACUUCUAGCUUUAGAUGGCGUCCUCGCCGUCACCUGGAGGGUCCCUGGCGCUUUGGUACAGGUGGACUUUGAUUCCUCGGCUACGACUACCAAAGAGAUCGCUGCACAUCUGCGGGCGCUGGGGUGCGGCGUGGAGGCGGCGGUGCAGAUCAAAGUGGACGGCAUGCACUGCCAGUCCUGCGUGCAGACCAUCGAGGGACGAAUCGGAGAACUUCCCGGGGUUUCAUGGAUUCGAGUGUCCCUGGAGGAAGGCGUAGCGGCGGUCGUGUUUCAGCCUCUUGUCAUAACACAACAGGAGUUACGAGACAAGAUGGAGGACAUGGGGUUCAGCGCCGCUUUGACGUCAAAGGAAACAUCCGGUCUGAGCUUCUGGCAGAGGGACCCGGACAUGUCCAUCCAGACUACAACCGUCUGGAUCGCCGGGAUGAGUUGCAGCUCCUGUGUGGAGUCCAUAGAGGGCAGAAUCUCUCAUAUGGUCGGAGUGAAGUCUGUGGUUGUGUCCCUGAAGGAAGAAAAGGGAACGAUUAGCUUUGAUCCCAGGCUGACGGAGCCAGAGCAGCUAAGAGCAGCGAUCGAGGACAUGGGCUUUGACGCGUCGCUCAAAGAGCCUGAGAGGACGACCCAGAACCAUGAAAAGUCCAGUUCUGGAGAGCCCCACCUGCAACCACAGACUAGAACGGCCUUCAACCGCGACUCUGGACCACAGACAAACUCUAAGACGGAGGUGAAGAAGUGCUUCGUCCUCGUGGCGGGGAUGACCUGCGCCUCCUGUGUGGCGAACAUUGAGAAGCACGUGCUGAAACACAGAGGGAUCAUCUCAGUGCUGGUGUCGCUGAUGGCCGGAAAGGCCGAGGUAAAGUAUGACCCGGGAGUGCUGAGCGCCCCCGCCGUCGCUCAGCUCAUCCAGGAGUUGGGGUUCGGAGCCAAAGUCAUGGAGGAUAACGCAGGAGAGCAGGGGAAGCUGGACCUCACAAUCACCGGAAUGACGUGUGCAUCAUGUGUUUACAAAAUUGAGUCAAAACUUGUCGCAACUAAAGGGAUCCUCAGAGCUUCGGUCGCCCUGGCGACCAAGAAGGCACGCAUCGAGUUUGACAGUGAGAUCCUGGGCCCACGGGACAUAAUCCGGAUUAUCCAGAGUCUUGGAUUUGAUGCAAGUUUGGAGAAAAGGAGCUUCAAGACCACAGUCGAUCACACAGAAGAGAUCCGACAAUGGAGGACCUCCUUCCUGUUCAGUCUAGUCUUUGGUCUUCCUGCCAUGGGUCUAAUGGUCUACAUGAUGGUGAUGGACACUCUACGCCGGGAACACGGGGGAUCCAUGCCUGAGGACCAAAACGUGGCACCAGGUCUCUCCCUCCUGAACUUGGUCUUCUUCCUGCUUUGCACACCCGUACAGAUUUUCGGUGGCCGUUACUUCUACAUUCAGGCGUACCGCUCUUUAAAACACCACACAGCCAACAUGGACGUCCUGAUAGUUCUGGCCACCACCAUCGCCUACGUCUACUCCUGCGUGGUCCUGGUCGUCGCCAUGGCGGAACGAGCCAGCCAGAGCCCGGUUACGUUUUUUGACACUCCCCCGAUGCUCUUUGUCUUUAUUUCUUUGGGACGGUGGCUGGAACACGUCGCAAAGAGUAAGACCUCGGAAGCUUUGGCCAAAUUAAUGUCACUGCAAGCUACCGACGCCACAGUGGUCUCCCUGGGACCGGACCACUCCAUCAUCAGUGAAGAGCAGGUGAUGGUGGAGCUGGUGCAGCGGGGCGACGUGGUGAAGGUCGUACCGGGAGGAAAAUUUCCCGUCGAUGGGAAGGUCGUGGAGGGAAGCUCUAUGGCCGACGAGUCUCUAAUCACAGGUGAGCCGAUGCCGGUUAGUAAGAAGGUGGGCAGUCUGGUGAUCGCUGGCUCCAUCAACGCUCACGGUUCUCUCCUGGUGGAGGCCACACACGUGGGCGCCGAAACCACCCUGUCCCAGAUAGUCAAACUGGUGGAGGAGGCACAAACGUCGAAGGCCCCCAUCCAACAGUUUGCAGACAGACUCAGUGGUUACUUUGUGCCCUUUAUUGUCUUUGUCUCCCUGCUGACGCUGGUAGCCUGGAUGGCCAUCGGGUUUGUCAACUUUACCUUCGUGACGGAGAACUUCCCGGGUUACAACCAGAACAUCUCCAAGGCAGAAGUUAUCAUCCGCUUCGCCUUCCAGGCCUCCAUCACGGUUCUGUCCAUCGCCUGCCCCUGCUCUUUGGGGCUGGCGACCCCGACGGCCGUGAUGGUGGGCACAGGGGUCGGCGCUCAGAAUGGGAUUCUCAUCAAAGGAGGCGAGCCGCUGGAGAUGGCGCACAAGAUCGACGUGGUGAUGUUCGAUAAGACCGGAACCAUCACCAACGGCGUGCCGCGGGUGACCCGGGUUCUGGUGCUGUGGGAAACGGCCCGCAUGCCUCUGAGGCAGAUCCUGGCCGUGGUGGGAACGGCGGAGGCCAGCAGCGAGCACCCACUGGGCGUGGCGGUGACCAAGCACUGCAAAGAGGAGCUGGGCUCAGACGUGAUGGGGUUCUGCCAGGACUUCCAGGCGGUGCCGGGAUGUGGGAUUAGCUGCCGGGUCUCCAAUGUGGACCAUCUGCUGCAGCAGCAGAGCGGCGAGAGCUUCCUGCUGCCGGGGGCAACCACGGAGGAGAGCAGCCUGCUGUCUGCCGAGGAGGCGCCCCCUACAGUGGGCGGAGCCUCUUACUGGGUUCUGAUCGGUAACCGCGAGUGGAUGCGGAGGAACGGCCACCACAUCAAAGCCGAUGUGGACGCGGCGAUGUCGAGCCACGAGACCAAAGGACAGACGGCCGUGCUGGUGGCCAUAGACGGCGUUCUGUGUGCGAUGAUCGCCAUCGCGGACACGGUGAAACCGGAGUCGGCGCUGGCGGUGCACACGCUCGACAGCAUGGGCGUGGAGGUGGUCAUGAUGACGGGGGACAACAGGAGCACGGCCAAAGCCAUCGCGGCGCAGGUGGGUAUCAGGAAGGUUUUCGCCGAGGUUUUGCCGUCGCACAAAGUGGCUAAAGUGCAGGAGCUGCAGGAGCGAGGCCUGAGAGUGGCCAUGGUGGGAGACGGCAUCAACGACUCGCCCGCCCUGGCCCGCGCCGACGUCGGCGUCGCCAUCGGAACCGGCACCGACGUGGCCAUGGAGGCGGCUGACAUCGUCCUGAUCCGGAACGACCUGCUGGACGUGGUGGCCAGCAUCGAGCUGUCCAAGAAGACGGUGCGCCGCAUUCGGGUCAACUUCGUCUUCGCUCUCAUCUACAACCUCGUGGGGAUCCCCAUCGCUGCAGGUGUCUUCAUGCCCGUCGGGCUGGUGCUCCAACCGUGGAUGGGCUCAGCAGCGAUGGCCGCCUCGUCGGUGUCGGUGGUUCUGUCCUCUCUGCUGCUCAGGACGUUCCGCAAAACCUCCCCGGAGACGUACGAGUCGCGCGCCAGGACUCGCAUGAGGAGCCUGCGCUCCUCCCAGAUCAGCGCCCAUCUGGGUCUGGACGGCCGGCGCCUCCCGCCGGCGGCCCGGGAACAGCCGGACCUCACCCCAGCGCCGAAACCAAACCGGCACCAAACCAAAGAGAACCUGGAGGUGCUGUGACGGGAAAACCGGAGUGAGCGGUUCUCCUGUGUACCUGAACGCACUCUCAUGUAAAUAUGUGGAGGAAAAGUCUUUUAUUUUGAUAAAAACACAGUUUUAUUAUAUUUUGGAGCGUUUCUCAUAAAAUAACCCUCGACUCGUCACAAAGCUGCUGUGCAGUUUCUGUUCUUCUCUCUGGUAAAUCCGUCCAGUGGAGUUUAAAGGUGAUAAAAUGUCAAAUAAAAAACAAAAAUA